GUGGGUUUGACACAACGAUGGCUCGAUGGGGCGAUGAAAAAACUUUAAAUUUUAUAUUUCAAUAUCGCAACCAGGAGUGCUUAUGGAAUGUACGGUCGCCAUUUUAUAAAAAUAAAAUCUUAAGGGAAAACGCAUACCAAAGUUUAUUGGAAUCGUUGCAUGACAAUAAUUUGAACUUGAAAAGUGUUAAAACAAAAAUUAAAAACUUAAGAUCAAUUUAUCAUACCGAACUAAAAAAAGUGAAAUAUUUUGAACGUUCUGGUUUAGUUUAUAAGCCGAGUUUGUCGUGGUUCGACGAAAUACAUUCCUUUCUUAGAGACUCCGCGGAAUAUCGCGAGACUAUAAGCAAUGAAAUAGUACCACAAGUAUCAUCAGGACAUCAAUCCGAUCUUGCAACGAAAGAAACGAAUAGAAAAACAAUACAACAAAAGCUGUUGGUCCCUCAUUCAACACUGAAUAGUUCAUCAUCAACACGUAACGACUACAGCACACGAAGCACAAGUGGAGAAACACCACAACGGAAGUUAUCCCAUUCACCUUUAACUCAUAAAAGUUUAAAACAUGAUAAUCUAUGUACAAAGGGAAGUGUUCGUAAAAAAAAACCACACGAGGACGAUACCCUUUCAAAAACUUUACAGCGCUUAGAAAGAAUAUCUAAUGAAUUAAAUACAACACAACUAUUAACAUCGCAAACGCAAGACGAAUUUUAUUUUUUUGCUCUAAGCGUUGCAGCACAAUUACGAAAUCUACCCUUAUCCAUUGCAAUAGAAAUACAAAGAAACAUACAGAAUACUUUAUCUGCAGCUAGAUUGUCAAUAAUACCUAAUACAGGAUCACCAUCGUCUUCAAACAACUGCAACUCUCCAAUAUGUGACCAAUCAUCGAAUUCGGUAGAAAAUCAAGAUACAGCGAAAACUGAGCCUGUUUCUUAUAUAAAAAUAGAAGAGAGUUUCAAUCCAGAUUUUUUAGAGCAGUCUUAAGAAUUAAUUAAUUUUUGA